AUGGGCCCGGGAGGACACUUUAGGGGGAACGUGCCGUACCGCAAGAUCACGCAGUGGAAGAAGCUGCCGCCGCGAUUCCCGGUGAAGACGGUGCACGUGCUGCCGACAGAGCUUCCGGUGCCGGGCAAGAUCCCGCGGGUCCAGGCCUCUGAGAAGACGGAGGAGUCUGCGGCAUCCAGGAAGACGCGGCUCGCGAGGCGUGAUGCCGUGCGGGAGAGCUUCCUGCACAGCUGGGCAGGGUACAAGAAGCAUGCGUGGAUGCACGACGAGGUCCGCCCGUUGACGGGCGAAUCGGUUGAUCCUUUCGGCGGGUGGGCGGCGACGCUGGUCGACGCGCUCGACACGCUGUGGAUCAUGGGGCUCAGGGACGAGUUUGAGGAGGCUGUCAAGGCGUGCGAGGAGAUUGAUUUCACAAAGACGCGGGCAGAGCUGGUGAACAUCUUUGAGACCGUGAUUAGAUACCUCGGCGGGUUUCUAGCGGCGUAUGAGCUCAGUGGGAAGAAGUACCCCGUGCUGCUGCGGAAGGCUGUCCAGGUUGCAGACUUGGUCAUGUGUGCGUUUGACACGCCAACACACCUUCCUGUCGCGAGGUGGGACUGGCGGCAGUACACAGGCGGGAUGGAUCAAGGCGCAUCGGCGCGGACGCUGGUUGCUGAAGUUGGCUCGUUGAGCCUGGAGCUCACCAAGCUGACGCAGCUCACGGGAGACCAGCAGUAUUACGAUGCGGUGAAGCGCAUCUCGGACCAGUUCGAGAAGAGCCAGCAGCACACAUCCUUGCCCGGGAUGUGGCCGGUCUACGUGGACCCGUCGACCUGGCCGAUGGGCUUCAAGAGCCACGACUACACGCUCGGCGGCAUGUCCGACUCGCUAUACGAGUACUUCCCCAAGCAGUACCUCCUGCUGGGCGGCGUGCUGGAGCAGCCGCGCAAGCUAUACGAGGGCUUCAUCGACGUCGCCAUGAAGCACCUCCUCAAGCGUGGUGCGAACCCGCAGAACGUGCCUGUCGCAUUCUUUGUGGACGGCCGGAUCAGCGGCGCCGGGACCUGGAAAGCAGAGAUCACGACCAACAACCACGCCCAGCACCUCACGUGCUUCACGGGCGGGAUGGUCGGGCUCGCGGCGAAAGUGUUCUCGCGGCCGCAUGACUUGGAGGCCGCCGCGCAGCUCACGAACGGGUGCGUGUGGGCGUACAACACCACGGCGACGGGCCUGGGGCCGGAGGCCUUUGCGUUCGUGCCCUGCGACGACGACUGCCAGUGGACAGAGAAGCGGUGGGUGGACGCGCUGUGGAAGCAGUGGCGCACGGCGCGCUACAACCAGGGCGAGGCGCCCAAGAUCGACGAGCUGCAGACCUUCCUGGACGAAGCGCAUUUCCCCAAGGGCAUGGUCAAUGUCAACGACCACCGGUACAUUCUGCGGCCAGAGGCCAUCGAGUCCGUCUUCAUCAUGCACCGCAUCACGGGCGAGCAGGAGUGGGCGGAAAAGGCAUGGGACAUGUUCAAGGCGGUCGAGACCGCGACGAGGACUGACAUUGCGGCUGCAUCGGUGGAGGAUGUGCUCGUCGACCCGCCGCUGCAGAAGGACUCGAUGGAGUCGUUCUGGCUCGCCGAGACGCUCAAGUACUUCUAUCUCGUCUUUGAAGAGCACAGCGUGGUCAGCCUCGAUGAGUGGGUGCUCAACACGGAGGCGCACCCACUGCGCAGGGCAGAUGCGCCUGAGGCCUCAUGA